AUGACCUCAGUUGAGAAACGCCGCUCCAGACGAAAGAGUGGCAGCCAUCGAAAGCACAGUGAUGGAGGCUACAGUGACACUUCCAGUGCCGGCUCCUUUCUGGAUGAGACUGACCGUGAAGUCAGCAAUCUGACAGAUCGAGCCUUUAGGAGUCUCUGCAUUGGAGAUGAGGCGGUUUAUAAUGACUCAGACCUGGGUGCGUCUUCACCCUGCACCCAGAGAGACAGACAGCUGGCCUUAAGCCACAGUGGUCAGGACAGGGACAGAGAGAGGGAGGAACUCAAAAGAGCUGCACAUGAAAGCUUCAGCCUCAGGAUGCAACAGUAUGGACAGGACUGGACCCAUGGAGGAAUGUACGGAGCUGAGAUCCAAAGAGAUCCACAGUGGGAGGGUUAUGGGGAAAGGGCACAGGGGAGAGUUUCUGCCACAUUCCAGCACUCCUUUAUGGAAACUUCUCAACAAGAGGAAUCUCUAAGAGGAGAACAGCUGUCCUGUCUGAGCAACGGAGCCACAGAGGUGAGUUCACAGCAGCGUAGAAGCCGCUCCAGAGUUUCCUCCCUCAUUAAAGCGUUUAACUCGGAGGGAAACAGAGAUGGAGCGGUUAUGGAUGGCAAACUCAGAGAGUGGAAUGACGACACAAGCUGGGACAAAUCUGCUCUGAUGAGUAUACAAAGGGAACUUUCUGAAUUCUCUACUUCGUACCAGGAAAACUUUAACAGCGUCCAUUUCCCUUCAGCCGGCCCACUCCCACCCCAAAACACCAACUUCUACUCCUCUGAAGUAGCAGCAAUGACUCACAUGAAUUCUGGAUCGGCUUUUAUGAGAUCUUCCCACAGUAAACACAGCAUGACUGCCCAGGUCAACUGCAACUCUAACUUCUUCAUACACAGUGAGUUCAGUCCGUUCAAGGUGUGGAGGGAUCAUAACAGGUUCCCCUUCCAGCAAGGAGAAGUCUCAGGGUUUAUGCAUUAUCCAGACUUCCCAAGAUGGUAUGAAACACCGAUGUACAAGGAGCUUUCACUGGAGCCCCAACCACAAGGUCCUUAUAGGUAUGGAGAGGAGAGAGGGUUCAGACACCCGAGGAAUAACUUAGCACCUGUGGUUCCUCCCACUCUUCCACGCUCCACCUCGACUUCCACAAUGCUUCAGAAAGCUUCAGCUUUGGAGAAACGCUGUGAUUCGGAGCUGGCAGGUCAUUACCAUUACAGGAAGCGGACACAGAGCCUAGGAGCCAACAGGCUCCCAAACCAGCGCCCAUCAACUGCAUCACCAACCAUUGAGAUGUCUCGACGUGUGCAGGACACCAUCAGCUCUGUCAGAGCCCUACAGCAAAAAAUCAAAAUGAUGACAGAGCAAAAUAUCUCCACUGACCUGGCUAUACAUCAACAAGAAGUACCAUACAGCAAUGAGAAUAAUAUUCCCUUUGGAAACUAUCCAACAACAGAGGCACCAAGUGUUGUGAACAGUAACACAAGCACGACUCCCUUCAACAUCAGCCAGCUUCUCACACCUGCAGGCCACGCACAGCCAGAAACGGAGACCCUGGAUGUCAGGAAGCAUACUGUUUCCCCUCAGCCUGUGGAACAUCCGCCAGUGCGUGCCGAAAGCAGGGGGGCCACUCCUGAUGUUAGGAUGUCCAACUACAAAUCCAGAGCAACAAGCCUUCUCUUCAAUCUCAAAGACAACAGAAAAAGAGUGAAAAGCACCUACAGUCCCACCAAAUUUAAAGGCUUGGAGACGCAAGAGAGGAACAAACAGCCUUCAGUCCAGGAGCCCAGAGACACUGUGAUAGAUAUCCCAGAUUUCCCAGAUACAGAAGUGGAGGAAUAUGGCUGGACAAAUGCUGCCCAACAACAAUAUGCCGACCAGUAUCACAGCCAUGGAUCAUCAUUUGCAACGACACAUUAUGAUCCUGUAUCUGCGUAUACAGGCCAACAUUUGGAAUACACUUCGAAUGAUUACCAGACAGCUCAGAUGCAAGGUGAGAUGGUUCAUCACUCUGGCUUUACACAUGGAAACUACACAAGCAAUCAGCUAGCUAAUGGACAGGCGUUUAUUCCCUAUGAGCAAGGCAUGAUGGAUAAUGUGGAAACUCUGGGAGGAGAUGGAUACGGGCAUAAACCUUCUUUCACAGCAACAGAGACACCGAGGUCAAACGUUGUCAAUCAAACUAGAGAACUUCCAAACAAUACAGCAAACACAGAGCAACAUUUUUAUGAGUAUCCAAAGGUGGACAGAUAUCAGCAACUCAAAGACAACCAUUACGAUUAUAAUAAUGUUUCAUGGAAGCAAGAGCAGAAAUAUCAAAACCAACAGGAUUACCAGAAAUUACCAGGGGACAAGUACAGCCUAGAAAACCCACAAAUUAUUCCAAAAGAGCCGGAGGGAAGUCAGUUGGGCAAAGGUUUGGGUGUUGGAGCUUCUUAUACGAUGGACAAUUUUGUCAAUUCUAACAUUUUACACAAACUUCCUAAAAUCAGUGCAUUAAAUAGUAACGCUGAAGAAAAUUCUGCGUAUUCUGGACAACAAAAGCCUGAAACUUUACAGGAAACUCAUGGACAUCUAAAGAAAAAUGGACACAAUAAAGAAAAUGAAAUCAAAGAUGAUUACAUGUCGCAGACUUUUAACAAAUAUGCCAACCAGGGAUACAAAAACCAACACACUGCUCUUCCAGAUAAAGACAAAACUACGCUCACGCAAGAAACAAUUCAACGAGAACAACUCACAUCAACUUUAAAUGGCUAUGUAAGCGAAAGUUUACAACCAGAAGAAUCGAAACCACAGUUUGAACAAAAUACACAGAAGAAUUAUAACCCUUACAAUGUGUCUGACCCCACAAUGGAAAACCAAGGAAAAGAUAAAAAGUUAGACGAGGUCACAGCUGAACAGGACAUGGCAGUGCCUGUAAAAGUACAACACGCCCAAGAAGAACUGGCAAUGGCUCAGCUCUGGGCUAAAGAGCAGCAGCCCAAAGUGGAGUCGUCUAAGUUAAAUUUAGCAGAGCAGACUGGUGCAGAGAAAGUCAGAGGAGAACAGGUCCGAGAAGAACUGUCAGAAAACGAGAGAGUGAACCAGGCCGUAGCAGAAGAAGUGGAGAAGAUGGGGAGGAAGGAUGAUCUGAUAGAGCAGACCACCGAAAAACAACCAGAACUGGAACGCAAAGUGGAGGCUAAGGCAGAGAAAACAAUCGUUCAGAAAGUAACAGAGGCGCAAAAUCAAAUCACAGAGGAAGCAGGGGCACAGCACAUGAAAGAAGAGCAGGAUGAGCAGGUCAAAGUAACUCAAGCCGAAGCAGAGAGGUUCAAAAACGAACACAUAAAAACAGAGCAGGCAGAGACAGAGCGGGCAAAAGUACAGCAGUCUAAAUCUGAAAAGGUUAAAAGAGAAACGGUUAAAGCAGAGCAACCUGAGGAAGAAAAGUUAAGAGCAGAACAAGCUGAAAGAGAACAGACAGAGACAGAACGAGCUAAAGCAGAACAGGCUGAAGCAGAGCGAAGAAAAGCAGAACUGAAGCAGAAAGAAGAGCAAGUUAAAGCAGAACAUGUGAAGGCUAAAGUCGGGGAGAGGGAUUUGAUUCAAUCCAGUCAUGUAAACAAUGCAAAUCUAAUCGCACAGAUCAGUAAAACCAAAGUGGAAGGAGCUGAAGAGAAAGCAGAAGAUCAGGUCGAACAAACCAAAGUGACCAUGUCUAAACUGGAGGCGACAAAAAUAGAGAGGGUGCAGGAAGAGUCCGUCAAACCAACACCAAAACCUACACUGCCAAAACAGGUCAAAAGCGAGCCGGAUAAAGUGGAGCAAGUGAAGACUGAGUUAGCUAAAGCUAAAGCAGAACUGGCUAAAAUAAAGGAGAAGAUGAGAGGAGAGCAAAAACACAAAGUCAAAAACACAGUUCUCACAAAAGAAGAUGAAGUUACAAAAGUUGGUCCUGAAAGUGUGACUACUGAUAAAAAUGAAGAGUACAAAGAUCAAGACCAAGAAGUAAAAACACAUCCACAGAGCAAAGACAUGGAAGGAACUUGGAGACAAAGUGUGAAUUGUAGUGGGAUGGACGAAUAUUACCGUCUCAGGGAAAAAUAUGGUUUUACUGAUACGCCAACAAUCAUCAACACACUACCAGCUACAGGAAAUGUUUCUUUAAAUGAUGCCGACGAAACACCCGAUGUAACUCUCAAUAAACUGGAGACGAAGAUCGAAGAGAAACCGAAAGACAAACACAGUCUUGGGAACAAAUUUGCAACAGCCGACACUGAAAAGAAAGAAGUAAGCAGCUUUAACUCAAACGAGGGAACAGAGAGUCAGUAUGUUUACAGUGAGUCAUCCAAAGAGUUUAAGUUAUCCAACAGUAAUAAUGUUCCCAAAAAUGUGGAAAACAUACCAAAAAAUGACUCUGCGAAAGAUACAGUGAAGGUAGACAAGGUUGAAAAGAUGGAAACAUGUGACCCACCAAUACCACCUCAAAUCCCACAACCAAGAGACUCAAUAUUGAUGACUGUUCCCCCCCUUGAAAGAAAACCCAAGUUGAGUGAGCACAAUGUAGGUCUGAAUAAAGAUUUGCAUUCAAACCCUCCCAAAACACUGUCCCACCACAGAGAGAGAGCUCAGACAAAACAGGAGAUCCUGACUUCAAAGAUAAAAGCUCAUGCUGAAAAAGAGAUCUCUGCAAUUAAAGAAAAGGGGUUUGCUUUACGAGACGGACUUAUGUACAAAACUUCUACCAAACAGUUUGUAGGGGGUCAGAGUAUGAAUAUUCGACAGAGGCCACCAUCACAAGAGGUUCCUAAAAAGCAUGAUGGCACAACGUCCAGUAAUACAACACCAAAGCACCAGAUGGAGCCCCAAGGAACACAGAUGGCACCAGUCAGGUCUGUUCCACCCUCCAACUCUACUGCAGCACCUGUUAUGUCUGCAGCAACAACCAGUCAGUCAGACCUUUUCCAGAAAGUUCCAAAAGAACCAACCAGUGAAACAGUAGUAAAACCACCCACAGAUGCAAAACAGACAGGAACACAUCCCAUGAGACAAGAUGAUCGCUUGGUAGAUAAUGAGAAUGAAGAUAAUGAGUCUCCAAUGCAAAGUAAAGUACAAGCUCUCCAGAACCAGCAAGGAAAACAGGAAUCAAGUCAUGGAGACAGCAACUCUGGAAACGAGAUAGCUGGGCCUAAAAAUGAUCUUGCUAUAGAUGCUGUCAAUCCUAUUCAGGGGAAAGAGGCUUUACCAGUGGUUGAAGUCAAAAGCUCCCAACAAACAACAAAAGAAAAGGCUGAGAACAAAGAAGAAGCAGUUCUUGAGGACUCUGCACCAUCACUUAGUCUUGUUAUUGGUCAGAACAGGACCUCUGUGGCUGACAGUAGCCUACAGAUCAGAGGAAUAAUGGUAACUGUAAGAGAAAGAAAGCCAUCUUUAAGCGAUGAUCAGAUGGCUAACACCGAUCAAGAUCAAAUUAGUGCAAAAGAUGAAAAGAGUAUUUCAGAGCCAAAUAGAGGCUAUUCCAGCUCAGGACCUGAAUCAAGCAAAGAAGAAAAUAUUACCAAGGAAGUCAAGAACGCAGAACCAAAAGAUGGCGCUGGACAAAGUACUCAUCCGACAAUGAUCAAUGACAAGACUAAAGAGAGCAUUACUGUUCGUUAUGAAAACCUGCAAGGAACUUCAAACCCAGAUACAAGAAGCAAUGAUUUGCCUGAAAAUGUCAAAGGGAAAAGAACUGGAGAGCUCCUACACACAGAUAUGAGACCCCAAAGGGAAAUACAACCCCAAGAACCCCUGGCUGAGAAAAGUUCACCUUCCACUGUCACUGUAUCUGCUAAAAAUAACACACUGGCUGAAACUCAACCCCUUCUACACACUACUACAGACAAAACACAGAUGGAAAACUCGACAAACGGUAUACAGACAAAUGAAGUAAAGAGUAAUACCCAAGAGAAGAAUCCUCAAAAAAGGCAAACACCGCAUCCAAAUGAGUCCAACAUAGUGACCAAGCAAAUCAGCCACAUAAACGAUUCAAACAGAAACGGAGCUGAAAAACUGGACAUCCAACCCGCAGUGAAAGACGAUACAAAAACAGUCAUAAAUUCAGCCAAAAGCAGCGACACUGAUGGCAAUAGUGCACCCCAGCAGGAGGACAAGAAACUUCAUCUGGCACAGCCAAAGCCUCCCAACAAAACUAGUCCAUCUUUAAGCUUCACUGAGAAUGAUAACACACAUGUAGAAAACACCCAAGUGGACGAUAAUCUGCACAUAGACAGCAUUGCCAUAAGAGUUGUGCCUGCAGAUUUUGAGAACAUCGCUGAAGUGGAAAAGCAGAAUGUGACGGCUGUCCCUACAGACGUAGUUGCUUCUAAUGAGCAUAAAGAAGCUGCAUCAACUGUUGUUGAAAGAGGUUUGAAAACUCUUGAAGACAAAGAUCACAAUGCAGAAGGAAGUCAAACGCAGUUGAAAACAAGUUCGGAAGAGAAUUCCGUCAUGGAAAGUGUGAGAAAACUGUCUGACUCACUGAAAAAUGGCAAUGAACAGGAGAGCAUAGACCGAACCAGCCAGAAUACCAGAGCAGAAAAUGGAGUAAAUACAAGAAGCAGCACUGUAGAUGAAUCAAAGAGUCAGCCAACAGAGGAAGACUACUUUCAAGUGCAAGGGCUGACCGAAUCACACCAGAACCUGCAGGGUAAAGUAAGUGUGGGAGGAAUCUCAGAUUCUGUUCCAGAAAGAAGAGAACUCCCAGGGUUACUGUCAAACAAGGGAGUUCUGAACAAAGAAUCAAACAUAGAAGGAAAAAAUGAAGUCUUUUUGUCAGAUCAAAGUAAGACAGAGGCACCAAGGUCAUCAAGCCUUCAAGAAGAGAACAUUAGGAGGAACCUAGCCUCAAAACAGAGUGAUGGUCCCACAGAGAGACAUACUACAAAAAAUGAGAAGUCUGAUGCAAAUCAAGCUAUUCAUAUCAGAAAGCAGCACACAGAGAACCGGCCCCGCUUAUCAUCCAGAGAAAGACAGAGCCCAAGAAAUUCUGAUCCGACAAGAGAAAAUGCAAUCACAGAAAAACCUGAAGUGAAACCAAAGCCAAAACCCAGAACAUCCACAAUACCCGAGAUAUCAGCACUUGCAGACUAUGCCAGGUUAAAAGUAAUUGUUUCAGAGGACAGGGAAAACACUGUUCAGGAAUUCCCACCCAAUAAAAAGGAAGGAUUCUUCCCACUUAUACAGACUCGUCAUAGCAGACGCCCAGUGUUCACCGACCCACAGGACUUCACUGUGAAAGAGAGAGCUUUGCCAAACAAAACAGAGGUCAGCUCCAAAGUGAACAAAGAACCCAAACCCUUGGUGUUUCCCAUUACAGAGAAGGAACAUCAAAGGACGGGGAUGUUCAAACUAGGAGACAAAGAAAGACAAGAGAAACAGUUUUCAGAUGCCAAAGCCAAUGAGGGUGUAUCAGACGCUCAGGUCAAACAUUCACAACAUAUCCAAGAAAGACAAAAGUCACCGAAAACUCAUCUUAAAAAAGAGGGAAAUGAAGAAGUACCACCAAUCUAUAAUCAGAGAAGGCAUCAAGAAGAUCAGUCAAAUAAUCCUCCCUCGCAAACACCAACCUCAUUCUCUGCACACAGUAGGCCAGGCAACAAUUCAAUGUCCCAACAUAUAAAGCCAUUGAGUUCACAAGAAAAACAUGAAGAAUUUUUACAAACAGCUGAGAGCACACCAUAUCUGGAUAAAAACUCCCAUCCAAAACCAACUUUGAGGCAAGUUAACAACACUCAGGAAAGCACAAGAAUAAGAAAAGAUGAGAAGAUUGAAAAUGCUCUCGCUGAGAAAGUCAGCGUGGACAAACAGCUUGAAGACACCAAGGUGAAACAGCAGAGCAGAGCAAACCAGUUGGAGGGAGAGCAUCCAUCCAGGAUAGAUGAUCAGAAAAGAGAAGAGAACAUGAAAAGACAACACAUAAUUGAGGAGAGUAGAGCUUCACUGGCUGAAGAAGAGAGAAGAGCAGCCAAGAGAGAAGAGGAGAGAAGAACCAGAGAGCGAGAUGCCAUAGCAAACAAGAUCAAGGAGAGACGAGAAAAACAAAGAGAAGCAGAAAGAAGAGCUGAGGAAGAGAGAAAAAGAAAAGAGGUAGAAGGCAAGAUCGCUCAACAAGAGGUAGUGAGGCAAGUCAAAGAACUUGAGGAGACAAGGCACUUGAAAGCUGAGGAACAGCAGAGAAAAAUGGAUGAGGAGAGAAGGCUGAAAAAGCUACAGGAGAUAGAGGGGCUAGCUCGUCAAGAGAUUCAUCACAGAAGAGCAGUUCAAGAGGAGCAAAAGAAGAGAGCUGCUCUAGAGGAGCAACAAAAGAAAGCUGCAAAGGAGAAGCUGGAGAAAGAGGCUGCUGAAAAGGAACAGCUCAAGAGAGCUUUACAUGAGAAGGAAAUGAGAGCAGCACUAGAGGAGGAGAGGAGAAAAGCUGCUCUGGAGGAGCAGAGGAAGAGAGCUGUUCAAGAGGAGAAAGACAGAAGAGCUGCACAACAAGAUCAGGAGAGGAGAGCUGCUCUAGAGGAGCAGAGGAAGAGAGCAGUUCAAGAGGAGCAGCAAAGAAGAGCUGCACAAGAGCAGAGAAGAAGAGCUGUUCAGGAAGAGAAAGACAGAAGAGCUGCACAAGAAGAUCAGGAGAGAAGAGCCGCUCUAGAGGAGCAGAAGAGGAGAGCAGUUCAAGAGGAGCAGCAAAGAAGAGCUGCACAAGAAGAUCAGGAGAGGAGAGCCGCUCUAGAGGAGCAGCAAAGAAUAGCUGCACAAGAGCAGAGGAGAAGAGCUGCUCUGGAGGAGCAGCAAAGAAGAAAGGCUCAAGAGGAACAAGAGAAAAAAGCAGCUCUGGAGGAGCAGCAAAAAAGAGCUGCAAGAGAGGAGCAGGAAAGAAGAGCUGCUCAUAGAGAGCAGCAAAGGAGAGCUGCACAAGAGGAGCAGGACAGGAGAGCUGCUCAAGAGGAGCAGGACAGGAGAGCUGCUCAAGAGGAACAGCAAAGAAAAGCAGCACAAGAGGAACAGCAAAGAAAAGCAGCACAAGAAGAACAGCAAAGAAAAGCAGCGCAAGAGAAACAGCAAAGGAGAGCAGCACAAGAAGAACAGCAAAGAAGAGCAGCACAUGAGGAAGAGCUAAGAAAAGCAGUACAAGAAAAGCAACAAAAGAGAGCAGCACAGGAGGAGCAGCAAAGGAGAGCAGCACAAGAAAAGCAGCAAAGGAGAGCAGCACAAGAGGAAGAGCAAAAGAGAGCAGCACAAGAAGAGCAGCAAAGGAGAGCUGCUCUUGAGAAACAACACAGGAGAGCAGCACAAGAAGAGCAGCAGAGAAGAGCUGCCUUCGAGGAGCAACAAAAACGAGCUGAUUUAGAGGUGCAGCAAACAAAAGUGGCUAAAGAGGAGCAGGACAGAAGAGCUCAUCAAGAGGAAGAGCAGUGGAGAGCUGCUUUGAUUGAGGAGCAAUUGCAAGCAAAACUGCUUGAGGAGAAGAUACUUUCUGACAUUGAGGGGAGAAAUAGAAGAAAAAUGAGAGAUCAGGAGAGAGCUUCACAAAUCUCAAAGGAGGAACGGGUCGUAAAAGAUCUGGAUCAAAAGAAAGCAGAGCAGUACAACAAUGAGGAGCACAGAGGAGAGAGAAAGAAAAAGGAGGGAACGGUCAGAGUCCUAGAGGAGAGUCAAGCAGCACUUAAAGAGGAGAAGAGAGACGCACAGGAACAGAUGCUGAUUCAAAAUGAGGGAAGAGAAAGAGACAAGGCAGCUCAGAGAGUGGAUGCUCUUCAGUACUAUGCUAUCACCUCAACAGACUCUGAAAGAAAUCCAAAGGAGAGAGAAUUGUACUCUUCUCAAACUCCCCAACCAAGAAACAAUCAACAGUAUGUGCAGGACUCAACUGAGGACUCUGAAAGCCCUGCAAGAUCUCAUAGGCCACAUGCUCCUGCAUCUCCAGCCCCUCCUCGCUCCAACACUUCCUCUCCUGCUCUUGGAGUCAAACCUUCAAUGUUCAGGGUUAAGGAUAACACCUUCAGAGGUUCCUCUUUUACCAAGUCAGUCAAACCUCGUUUCCACAAAAACUUUGGAGAGGAUUACAGAGUGGGCUCUCCCAUUGAAAGGGGGCCAGAGGAGGAGCAAGAGAAGAUGAGACGCAGUGCUGGAACUCCUGUCCACCCUGACAUGGGAUCAAACAGACUCGCUUCAAUCAGGGAAUUCUCCAGUUUUCAACCAUCCUCUUCAUCACAGGACAACUCAGCACCUGUUCCACAACACAGACCUUACUCCAGGAGAAGUAUUGCUCUGGAUGAAGAUGACUGUCGCUCUGUCAUCAGUACCACGUCGGAGGGUGUGGAGAGUUUCGCCACCAGUGCAGCAGACCUAUCAGAGAUAAGAAGCUUGUACUGUGAUGAGAGGCCUGAAUCAGCCUGCAGCUUCAGCAGUGAUGUGUCCCGCUCUUUAGGCAAGCCUCCAGUUGUUCCACCAAAGAGUGAGAAAGCCUUACGCAGAGCAAAAAGGUUGACUUCUCGUAGAAUCAACAAGGAGUUGUCCAAAGCUGGAGCAGACAGCCCUGCUGGAGUAGAGAAACCUCACAAAGACGUCUCCAGUACGCCAUCCUCUUCCACUGAGGUACGCCCCUCAAACAGCCGUGCCUUGGCUUCCCCUCAUUUUACCUCACCUGUAUCCCUUGCUCAUGCUCCAACAUUGGGGUCAAGCUUGCCUUCUUCCCACACUGAGUCUCAGUCUUCUUAUAGCUCUUUUCAUGCAUCCCCUCAUGCCACUGGCCCUGUCUCCCUUCAAGUAGCCUCCCCUCAUGCUGCUGCCCCUGUUUCCCUCCCUGUUGUCCCAACCCAUGCUACUGGCCCUGCUUCCCACACUGCUGCCCCCAAGACAGUUGCUCAUGUUCCCUCUUCUCCAACUCUCCAACGUGCCAACCACCCAGCUCCAGUGACACAGUACCAAGUAGAGUCAACUUAUCCCCAGUCCUACCCAUUGACGCAGCGUAAAGUGCUGCAAGACAUUGGCUCUGGUCAAUAUUUUGUAGUGGACGUGCCUGUUCCAGUGAAAACAAAAACUUUCAUUGACCCAGAAACAGGAAAAUAUGUUCAGCUGAAUGUGCGCGAGUCUGCUCAGAAUACUCCUAGACCCCAGCGAAAGCUUCAGCAUCAGCAAGCAUACAUACAGCCUCAGCUUCAACCACAAAUGCAGGCCAAACCACAGCAACAGCCCCUCUCCCCGACUUCUCCAGUUGGCAAACCUGUUGUGCUUUAUGAUGGCUACCAUGGUUAUCCCCAAGGAUACCAGCCUGCUGCUAACAAAUCCGUUCCCCACCACAGGUCAUCCACUCCUGGCACUUCCCACCAGGACCAACAGCAGGUCAGGGAGAGCAGCAGCUAUGGAUAUCCAGCCCCUGAAAGUAGACAGAACUCUGAAGGGCCUCGCUACAGCCCAGAGAAGACUCCGUACAUGGACACUGUUAAUGAUUCAAGCAAAACAUAUAACACAGUUUACAACACACACAGCCCACAUGAGUCGCUCCCAGAGUGCGACACAAACAGCCAGCUUGCAGGAAGCUCAGUGCGUGAAAAUGAUAACUCAGCCCACUCAAGAUAUCAACCCCGAGAAAUAAUAACCAUAAGUGAACUCGAGGACUUUAUGGAGGUGUCUGACUGGUGA